UGUAAUAUUUCUUUGGAAGGACUGGAUGUGCUUAGUUAGAAGCUUGUAAAAUUCAAAUAUUUGACAGCUCAAUUUUCAGUACCAUGUACUUAAUUUGGUUGUUGUGGAGACAUAUUUCAAUCCAUAUGUGACAAAAUACUUGUAUAUUUUACUACAAUUGACUAAUAGCUAGAAACGUAUACACCACUCUGCAUAUAAUAAUAAUUUUGUAUAAUCCCUAUGAGUUUAAUGGUGUUUUCAAUGAACUAGAGAGAAGAUAUUAUCCCACUCUUAUUCUUCUUCUUUUUUAAAUCGAUAAAUGGAGGGAUCGACUAAGUGCAGAGGUGAAUUCCAGAAUCUAGAGUCAAUGGAUUCAGAAUGAAUGUGUUCUUAUUAUAUGUAUCUACAUUUUUAAUUAUUUUUUGGACAUAUCUAUAGUUUGAGCCAGCAGACCACUUAUUUAUUGUGUAUGCUACAACAGAAGUGACAUUGAAGUGUUGCAAGAGCAUCCAAAAAUGGAAGGAAAGCCUUUAAGAAUAUGGAAGAAAGCAAUGUACUUUCCGAAUAGGAAAUUGAUAGCAAAUAAAUGGUGGGAAGAAUUCAAGAAAGUGUGGCAUAUAGCUGGACCAGCUAUUAUAACUUCAGUUUCUGUGUUCUCUUUGGACUUUAUCACUGCUGCUUUUGUUGGUCAACUUGGAGAUGUUGAGCUUGCUGCAGUAUCAGAAGUUCAAAAUGUUCUACUAGGCUUCAUAUUCGGAAUAAUGUUAGGAUUAGGAAGUGCACUCGAGACGCUUUGUGGUCAAGCAGUUGGUGCUGGAGAAUUCAACAUGCUUGGAAUUUACUUGCAAAGAUCAUGGAUUAUUAGUAUGGUGACAACAUUGCUCUUGACACCGGCCUAUGUAUUCGCGUCACGAAUACUAAGGCUCCUACAUCAAGAUCCAAAAAUAUCUGAUCUAGCUGGUAAAUAUGCAAUUUGGAUAAUUCCUGAAAUAAUUGCAAGUGCACUGAAUUAUCCCACAGAGAAGUUUCUUCAAGCUCAGAGCAAAGUUUGGUUCAUGGCUUUUAGUUCAAUCUUGACAUUGGCAAUUCAUGUGCUGUUGAAUUGGAUUUUUGUGACAAAGUUGGGUAUGGGACUUGUUGGUGCUGCAAUAGCUGGGAAUAUAUCUUUCUGGAUAUUAACUGUGGUUAAGAUUAUAUACAUUGUGGGUGGUUGGUUUCCUGAGGCAUGGACUGGUUUUUCAUAUUUGGCUUUUAAGUCAUUAACCAAAUUCUUGAAGCUCUCAAUUUCCUCAGCAGUAAUGUUAUGUUUAGAGGUAUGGUACUAUACAGCAGUGAUCUUAAUUGUAGGAGGCUUGAAGGAUGCUGCAAUUGCUAUUGACUCGAUAUCAAUCUGCAUGAAUUUGCAAGUAUGGACACUAAUGGUUGCUCUUGGUUUCAGUAUAUCAGCCAGGUUAGCAGUUUCAAACAUCUCUUUUUGGUUACUUUUAGUAAUUGAUAUUAAAGUGGAAUUAGAUUGGCUCAAAUAUAGUGUUCCAAAUUUCAGUGUGAGAGUUUCAAAUGAACUGGGGGCUGGAAAUCCAAAAGCUGCAAAAUUCACUGUCGGAGUGAAUGUCUUGAUAUCAGCAAUAGUUGGAGUCUUUUUUGCAGUUAUCAUAUUGGCCACGAAGAACCAGUUUCCAAGAAUGUUCUCUAAAGAGCAACAUGUUAUAAGUGAGACAUCCAAGUUGGGCUAUAUUCUUGCAUUAACCAUCUUCAUUAGCAGCAUCCAACCUGUUCUCCAUGGUGUAGCAAUUGGUGCAGGAUGGCAAUUUCUAGUGGCCAUAGUAAACUUUGGAUGUUAUUAUGGUUUGGGUCUGCCAAUAGGAGCAAUUCUUGGCUACAAAACUAAUCUUGGCGUUCAGGGUGUCUGGUCUGCAAUGCUUGGUGGCAGCUUACUUCAAACAAUCAUCCUAUUUGUUAUUAUUGGUCGAACGAAUUGGCACAAAGAGGCACUUCAAGCAGAGGAGAGAGUGAGGACAUUUGGUGGCCCAGUGGAGAGUCAGCUAGGCUCGUGAUGUCGUGGCAUUUUUUAUCAUAUGAUAUACUAACAUUCAUACUCAAUUUUGGGAGAAGUUAGCAGACUUUUCAAGUAAACUAUUAAGUAAAAUUUGAUUCUUCACCCACAAAAGUUGGGGGUCUUUUUCAACUCUCUUUUCUCCAAUUUUUUUUUUUUGGAUAAAAAUAUACCAUAAUUUUUCGGAUUAGACUCUCACAUGAAUUACAGCAUCUAAAUCUAUGUGUUUCGACUGAAGCACUUGGUCCAAACAGGUGACUCUUAAUUCAUUUUCUUAUAUGAUGACAACGGAAAUAUCUCCCCUUAAUGUAUUCAAGAAUUAGGCAUAAAUUACUCAC